AGACAGUUUCACGCCUUGACACGCGUGGCCUGCCAUGUCCAGCCGAAGAGCCCUUCGUGAUGUGGGCCCGACGCCUUGGCGUGCCUCACCUGUGGCCCUCCAGGGUGAAGGUGUUCUUCUUAGCGAUUCUGACUUCCGUGUUCAAUUUCAGCGUGUUCCAGUACUUGCACAAUGCCAACGUGGCAUACCUCAACUUAGCCGCUCCAUUGUCAGAAGAGAUUGUUUGCAAGCUCCCUCGGGAGGAGUGCGCCAGCAACCCUGAUCCUGCGAGCUGCACUGUGGACCUGGAAGACCGCCGGUUUUGGAGAGGUCUGAAUCUGACUACUCCGUGCCCCAAGCUUCCUGAUUCGCUGCAGGGUCAAACAUGCCGAAAUCCGCGGCUGCCCUUGCGCGCAAUCUCCGGCGACCUGGGCAGCCUCCACACUGUGAACGUGGGUGUGCAUCCCUUCAGGCUUUGGAGCAUUCUUUUUCUGAUCCUCACCUCCUUGCUCAGCUUGUCCAUCCUCAUUCAUGACUUGGCGCUGCUGGAAGAGAAUCAGCGACCUUACAUUCUGUCAAUUCCAAACAUGAAGUAUGCCACCCCGUGCUUAUGGGACUGUUUGACCUGCGUCAGAGGCCGACAGCGCACGCGGCACAUUUGGUCGCAAAACCGGUGCUUUCUCGCCGUGCUGGUCAUGCUGUGGUCCGUUUUCCAAGCAGGGGCCUUUAUGAUUGUGAUGUAUCCGUUUUCGCUUCUCGUGUGCAUCUAUGCUCCGGUGAAAAUGUCUCGGAUCAUGGUAUUUUUAUCAUCGAUCCUUUGUGCUUUGUGGUCAGUAGUGUUCAUACUCACAACAUCCCUGCUGGACAACCAACCGUAUGCAGUUCUCUGGGGCAUUUCAGAGUCGUCGGUCAACUGCCUUUGCCUAUGCGAGUUUCCACUCAGCAGGCCAGUCGUUCUGCGGGUGGUUGUUCUAGGCACUGGUGUGUGCUGGCACGCAAUCAAUUUGACGCUUCGAGCCCUGAAGGGGCUCCGAAGAGCCCAGUGGGCCAACAUGUUUUCUGUUCUAUAUUCCGUGCCCGUGGAGGCUUUUCCAGUGAUAUGGGAGAGACCGGAGGAAGCUGGUGCUGGGCCCAUCCGCUGGCGACAAGAGGGCGAGGCUGUGCAGUCAGAGCCCGCCUUCGACCCGUUUUGCUUGAUGGAUGAGCAGCCUGAAAGUGCCUGGACGCGUGCCAUCAUUGCACCUGUGCCGGUUAAGGAUGAUUCCCGUUUGACGGUGUGGGAGCCUUACCUGGGCACGUUGGAUAUGGAGAUUGGCUGGUGUGGCUUUCCACGUCCAGUGGGCGGUGCUUGGGAGAAGGACUGCGCUGACAGGGAAAGCGAUGGCCCAGAGAGCGCACAGCCUGAGCUUCAGGUAUCUCAGGUAUGCUCGGAAUCCACGAGCACGAUGUCAAGGAGCAGCCAAGGCGAAGGCUGGCCGCGCAAGGUGAAGAAACGGCCGCCUCCAAUGCGGCACCUUGAGACUGAAGCAGAGGUCAGCGACGAUGACGCGCUGAGAGGCACACAUGACUGGGAGGAAGCUGGCGGCGAAAGCAGGCCAUCGUCCUGUUUGCACUACAGCCGCCGCCUUUCAGAUGCUCAAGGUAUUUUUCACACUGGAGACAGACGACCGACCACACCAGCCUCAGAGCCGAACUCGGCAUCGCGACAGCACAGCCCUUCAGAACAAGGACUGCUCGCCGCCACCAUCGGCCGGAGGCUCUCAACUCCUGUUGGCCAGGACAGAAACAGGCCUACUCGGCGAUUGGAAGAGGCGAUGAACCAUGGACGCCCGUUCUUGGUGUGAGUGUGGCAGCGCGGUUCUUUUGAGUAGGGAUAGGCGCAGCCAAGUUGCACCCAGCAAUGCUCUAAAGUGGGGCAACUGGGCCGCUUGGGAGUG